AUUUUAUUGUGCCAUGAGUGGCGACAACCAGAGCAUAUUUACUCCAACCAGUUUAUUGUUUUUAAUUUUAUUUUCUCAUUCAAUAAUUUUUUGCUCUCGUGAUAGAGGUUAUUGAAUUAUUGAUAAGAACCGAAAUUAUUUGCUACCGCUAAGACGUGCCCCAUUUAAAUAAGUAAAUUCGAGUGGCUACGGAACAGUGCGUUAGUAGAGCAUUAAAUUGGCUGAUUGCAUUUGUACAUACACAUAUGUACAUGAUUUGUUUGAGGGGAUUCAUUAUGUAAAGUCCGUUUGUGAUAAAAAAAAAAGUUAUAACUAAAGUCUCACGAUGCAAAACCAGACUCAGAAUACAUCGGCUGCAGAGCCACCUCCUUCGUCACCACCACCAGCGCCAGCCUCUACACGCAAUCAACUACGUCCUGUCAAAUAUGAUUAUGCAGAUUCAUUCGCUUGUACUUAUGUGGUGUCAGUAGUAGCUGCCUCCAUAGCCGAGCUAGCCACAUAUCCUCUGGAUUUAACCAAAACACGUUUGCAGAUUCAGGGCGAAGCAGCGGCCGUCGAUUUAAAGUCGAAUAAAAGCUUGAAUCCCAAGUAUCGUGGUAUGAUUGCGACUGCCUUCGGUAUCGUCAGGGAGGAGGGGACAAUGAAACUGUGGCAAGGUGUUACGCCCGCACUGUACCGACAUGUCGUCUAUAGCGGCGUACGCAUAUGUAGCUAUGACUUUUUGCGUCGCAAGUUGGGCAACGAUGAGAACGGCAUUAUCACGUUGCCACUGUGGAAAUCUGCCCUUUGUGGUGUAUCAGCAGGUGCAGUGGCACAAUGGUUAGCCUCGCCAGCUGAUCUCGUAAAGGUACAAAUUCAAAUGGAAGGCAAACGCCGAUUAAUGGGCGAACCUGCGCGCGUCCAUGGCGCGGUGCAUGCUUUCAAAGAUAUUGUACGCCGUGGCGGCAUAGCCGGCCUGUGGAAAGGUAGCAUACCGAAUGUGCAACGCGCUGCACUUGUUAAUCUUGGUGAUCUCACAACAUAUGACACUAUUAAGCGAAUGAUUAUGAUCAAAUUAAAUAUGCCUGACUGCCAUACUGUGCAUGUGCUCUCCUCAAUUUGUGCUGGGUUUGUGGCAGCGAUAAUGGGCACUCCAGCAGAUGUGGUAAAGACAAGAAUAAUGAAUCAACCGACGGACGAUAAGGGCAGAGGAUUACUCUAUAAAGGUUCUGUAGAUUGCCUACGCCAAACAGUGAAUAGGGAAGGAUUUAGUGCACUUUAUAAGGGCUUCUUGCCGUGCUGGAUACGUAUGGCACCAUGGUCUCUAACGUUCUGGCUGUCGUUUGAGCAGAUUCGUAGCAUGAUCGGUGCUUCUGGUUACUAGUUAUUUUUGUGGAACCUUAGUGUACUCAUAUAAAGUGUUUUAUAGGCGUGGCAGGCGUUAUUGCAAGCAUUCAAGCUUUUCUCAAGUGAUCGGAAUAGUAAAACGUUCUUACAAUUGUUAAUUUCAGUUAAAUACGUUUACCCCAUACUAAGUACGAAAAUGCAAUUUGAUAUAUUCUCUCUGUGCACAUUUAUUAUAUGUAUAUUAGAUAGCUAACAAUAUUGCAUCUAUUUUUUUAUACGCAUGCAUUCAGCUGGAAAAUUGAAAUGUUUGUAAAAAUGUGAACAACUCAUUGCAAACGACGUCAAGUGUAACAACCAAUAAACCCCGGUCGGGCAGCAGCAACGAUAAGAUUAACAAUUAUUUUUAGUGUACAAAUGUACGUAGACUGUUAAAAAGCUAUUUUAUAUGCAUAUGUACGUAUUUUGGUCCUUUAUGGAUAAGGCAGGAUUUGUGUAUUUAUUGAUUACUUCGUACAUACAUUAUAAAAAGUUAAAAUUGAACUAAAUUAUUUGAAGCCUUAUACGCUGCACUGCAGAGCUAUAUUUAAGUAAUUCAGGUGACAAUAUCAUAUUGUACAAUGUAAAUAAAAAUAAAUAAGUUUUUUACGUACGUAUUAAUAUCAACAA